CGGCCUUCCCAAUUUCAUUUUCUGCUCAGUCCAACUCUGCCCCCUCCAUUUCUCUCUCUAGAAAAGAACACAACGCAUUUGUUUUGAGCUCCAUUCCUCUCUCUCUCUCUCUCUCUCUCUCUCUCUCUCUCUGUAGAUCAGCCAUUACCGAAUUUCUUCUCUGCUUCUUCGAGCUGAUCUCUCCUUCCAAGUCGCAAUUCGGCGGAUCUUCUGCUCCCUCGCUCAUUCAGAGAUCUGCGAUUCGCAGUCCAGCAACCGCAGGAGGAGGUGGAAGAGGUGGACCGGGGGACGAGGAGGCGGGGGAAGAAAGGGUUGUGAUUCAGCUGACUGAGUUUCUGUUCCGCUGUCUGCUCGUUUUUAUGAUCGAGUUUUCGAUCUGAGAGGACAUGGCGCUAUCGGGAAUGAGAGGCCUCUCCGUGUUCAUCAGCGACAUUCGCAAUUGCCAGAACAAGGAGCAGGAACGCCUCCGCGUCGACAAGGAGCUCGGCAACAUCCGUACUCGCUUCAAGAACGAGAAGGGAUUGACGCCUUAUGAGAAGAAAAAAUAUGUCUGGAAGAUGCUCUACAUAUACAUGCUUGGUUAUGACGUUGAUUUUGGUCACAUGGAAGCUGUUUCGUUGAUAUCCGCCCCAAAGUAUCCUGAAAAGCAGGUUGGGUAUAUCGUGACAGCAUGCCUGCUCAAUGAGAACCACGACUUUCUCAGAUUGGCUAUUAAUACUGUCCGAAAUGACAUCAUUGGUCGCAAUGAAACCUUCCAAUGCUUGGCAUUGACUAUGGUAGGAAAUAUUGGCGGAAGAGAGUUUGCGGAAUCUCUUGCCCCGGAUGUUCAAAAGUUACUUAUUUCUAGUAGUUGCAGACCACUUGUGAGGAAAAAAGCAGCAUUAUGUCUUUUGCGCUUGUAUAGGAAAAACCCUGAUGUUGUAAAUGUAGAUGGCUGGGCGGAUCGGAUGGCACAGCUCUUAGACGAACGCGAUCUUGGCGUUUUAACUUCUUCAAUGAGUCUUCUUGUUGCUCUAGUAUCAAAUCACCAUGAGACAUAUUGGAGUUGUCUUCCAAAGUGUGUUAAGAUAUUGGAGCGCCUCGCUCGAAACCAGGACGUUCCCCAAGAGUAUACCUAUUAUGGCAUUCCAUCCCCCUGGCUACAGGUUAAGACCAUGAGAGCUCUCCAGUACUUCCCGGUGAUUGAAGAUCCUAAUACCAGAAGAUCAUUAUUUGAGGUGUUGCAAAGAAUACUGAUGGGAACCGACGUUGUCAAAAAUGUUAACAAGAACAAUGCAUCACAUGCUGUUCUCUUUGAAGCACUUUCUUUGGUUAUGCACCUUGAUGCUGAAAAGGAGAUGAUGUCUCAGUGUGUUGCCCUUCUUGGAAAAUUCAUUGCUGUUCGUGAACCAAACAUUAGAUAUCUCGGCUUGGAGAAUAUGACACGAAUGUUGAUGGUAACAGAUGUGCAAGACAUCAUAAAGAGACACCAAGCUCAGAUCAUAACAUCAUUGAAGGAUCCAGACAUUAGCAUUCGUCGACGGGCCCUUGAUCUUCUAUAUGGCAUGUGUGAUGUUUCUAAUGCAAAAGACAUAGUUGAAGAGUUAUUGCAGUAUCUCAGCACUUCAGACUUCACUAUGCGUGAGGAAUUGUCACUGAAAGCUGCUAUCCUUGCUGAGAAAUUUGCCCCUGAUUUGUCAUGGUAUGUUGAUGUGAUUCUUCAGUUGAUUGACAAGGCGGGAGAUUUUGUUAGUGAUGACAUAUGGUUUCGUGUUGUUCAGUUUGUCACUAAUAAUGAAGAUCUACAGCCUUAUGCUGCUGUGAAAGCAAGAGAGUAUCUUGACAAGCCUGCCAUACAUGAGACCAUGGUGAAGGUGAGUGCUUAUCUACUUGGAGAGUACAGCCACCUUUUGGCAAGACGGCCUGGUUGCAGCCCUAAGGACAUAUUUAGUAUUAUCCACGAGAAGCUCCCCACAGUAUCGACGUCUACCAUUCCUAUUCUUCUUUCUACAUAUGCUAAAAUCCUGAUGCACACCCAACCGCCAGAUCUGGAACUACAGAAUCAGAUUUGGGCAAUUUUCCAGAAAUAUGAGAGCUGCAUUGAUGCUGAGAUACAGCAAAGGGCUGUUGAAUAUUUUGCAUUAAGUAGGAAAGGCCCCGCUCUGGCUGAUAUAUUGGCUGAAAUGCCGAAAUUCCCUGAACGACAGUCUGCAUUAAUCAAGAAAGCCGAAGAUAUUGAAACGGAUACUGCAGAACAAAGCGCUAUCAAAUUGCGUGCCCAACAGCAACCAUCAAAUGCAUUAGUAGUGACAGAUCAGCGCCCCCCCAAUGGGACACCUCCCCCAGUAGGCUCAUUGAGUCUCGUGAAGGUGCCUAGCAUGAGUGGUAACUCGGAUUACAAUGUGGUGGAUCAAGGAGUAAACCAGACUAAUGGGACUCUGAGCAAAACAGACUCUCAGCCUCCUUCAGCUGAUCUCCUCGGGGAUCUGUUGGGUCCACUUGCUAUUGAGGGCCCUCCUGGUGCUGUACACUCAGAGCAGACUGCGGUAUCUGGAGUAGAAGGUGUCCCAAGUGCUGCAGAUGCUGCAGCCAUUGUUCCUCUUGAGGAGCAGACAAAUUCCGUGCAGCCUAUUGGAAACAUUGCAGAAAGAUUCCAUGCUCUAUGCUUGAAGGAUAGUGGUGUCUUAUACGAGGAUCCUCACAUUCAGAUUGGUGUUAAAGCUGAGUGGCGUGCGCAUCAAGGACGUCUUGUUCUUUUCCUGGGUAACAAGAAUACGUCUCCACUAGUGUCAGUUCACGCUCUCAUAUUAUCUCCUUCACAUUUAAAGAUGGAACUGGCAUUAGUACCUGACACUAUACCUCCACGGGCACAGGUGCAAUGUCCACUCGAGGUCACUAAUCUCCGACCAAGUAGGGAUAUAGCAGUGCUUGAUUUUUCCUACACAUUCGGUACCAGUGUGGUCAAUAACAAGCUUCGCCUUCCUGCUGUGAUGAAUAAGUUGCUUCAGCCUAUACAAUUGACUGCUGAGGAAUUCUUUCCUCAGUGGAGAUCAUUAUCCGGACCACCACUUAAGCUUCAAGAAGUGGUUAGAGGUGUAAGACCUCUCCCUCUGAUGGAAAUGGCAAACUUAUUUAACAGUUUCAGAGUGAUGGUUUUACCAGGCCUAGACCCAAAUCCUAAUAAUCUGGUCGCAAGCACAACCUUCUAUUCAGAGAGCACACGGGCAAUGCUGUGCUUGGUAAGAGUUGAGACUGAUCCAGCGGACAGAACGCAGUUGCGUAUGACAGUUGCUUCAGGGGAUCCCACCUUAACAUUCGAGUUGAAGGAAUUCAUCAAGGAACAGUUGGUAAACAUUCCAGGAGCUUCUCGUGGACCAGCAGCACCAGCUCCGGCUCCACCAAAGGGCCCAGCGAUACCACCGGAUGAUCCUGCUGCUCUCCUGGCGGGAUUGCUGUGAUAAAACUGGAAGUCAUCCAACUUAGAGGAUUUGUUUGUAUACAAGUAAACUGCCUUAUAUGAGCUGGAUACAUGGCCAAUCCGCCCAUCCUUUCCCUCCAAGAGGGCAAAUAGAAACACAUAUUGAUGAUGCAAGGGCUGGCGGAUUGCAGGGUGAGGUAAGAUUUGUAAUUGGGGGUUUUUCACGUUGAAUUUUAGUUUCACGGGGGUUAGUCGGCAUUUUGAGAUUCUUUGUGCGCAGUUUUGUGCGUUAGAGAGUAUUGGGGCUGCUGCAUAUUCUUUCGCUUUUCUCUGUUUUAGUAUGAUGAUUUUCACCAUACGGGUUCCUUUUUAGAAGAUUCGCAGCACAGCACGUGUAAGAUAUAUAAAUAUACAUAUAUAUGUGUGUGUCCAUGUUGGAGUAGAAACCGGUUUGUAACAAGGUCUUUUAGCAUUUGUUAUGGCGAUUCGAUAUUUAUGUUUCCAAUAAAUAGAUUUUUGUCUGUAAUGGAGAGAAGGGAAACUGAGAGAGUUGGAUUUUCAUCUUC